AUGUGGCGGUUAGCUGCUAUAUUUGUUCUCUUUAACAUUGUUCUAUGCGAUGAAAAAAUUACCAAAGUGGUAGAAUUAGAUUAUGGGACAGUGAGUGCAGAGAAGUAUUGGGAUGGAGAUUUUUACACGUUUUAUGGAAUACCGUAUGCGUCUAUACCAACCGGUCGUGACAGAUUUAAGGGACCUCUACCACCAAAACCAUGGGAAGGAGUGCUCGACGCAAAUAGAAGAUCAACUAUUUGUCAUCAAUGCUACUUUACUGGAGGUUCAGAAGAAGCACUUUUAGACGGCGAUGAUGAUUGCCUACUCAUGAAUAUACUGGCACCUCUAGUGGCCAGUGAAGAUAAUUUAUUACCUGUAUUAGUUUAUAUACAUAGUGGUGCAUUUUCUGGUGGAAGCGGUAACAUGGCUUUCUUUUAUCACCUAGCCAGACAUGAUGUUCUUACCGUGAGCUUCAACUAUCGAUUAGGAGCAUUUGGAUUCGCAUGUCUUGGUAAUGAAGAAAUUCCUGGCAACGCUGGUCUGAAGGAUCAAGUCGCUGCAUUACGGUGGAUUCAAGAUAAUAUUAAGAAAUUUGGUGGAGAUCCGAAAAGAGUGACUCUGGCAGGGUUCAGUGUUGGAGCAGCUAUGGCUGAAUUGCUAUCUUUCUCCAAGUCUACUGUUGGUUUAUUCGAUAAAUUGAUUUUAGAAAGUGGUUCUGCAUUCUCGCCUUUUGCUAUUAACAGAGAUCCUGUAGCAACAGCAUUGAAUUUAGCUUACGCUAUGGGAUAUAAUGGAACGAACGAAAUUGAUGAGUUAACGGAAUUUUAUUUAAAUGCAGAAACCAAACAAUUAGCUGAGAAAAGUAUUAAUUAUUACCUCAAAAAUAGCACAUUCGGUUUUUCUCCAUGUAUUGAAAAUUUGCAUGAAGGCAUGGAGGCUAUAUUACUAGAAUCUCCCAUUGAUGUUAUAAAUAAAGGAGAACAAAAUGAUGUAGCAGUCCUCACAGGAUUUGCAAAUAUGGAAGGCAUAAGUCGCACUAUUAAAUUCGGUACAUGGAGAGAAGAAAUGAAUGAAAACCUUGCCGAUUUCUUACCUGCUGACUUGAAGUUCGAAUCUGAAAAAGCCAAAAAUGAUACUGCCAGAGCCAUUAGCAAACGCUAUUUUAAUGAUAAAGAACUAACCGCAGAAUCGUUGCAAAAUUAUGUUGAUUACUUCUCAGACUCCAUGUUUAAAUAUGGCAUAAUUAAAUCAGCGAAACUACACGCAGAUGUAUCUAAGAGACCAGUAUAUUUAUAUGAAUUUUCAUACGUUGGUAAACUAAACAUAGAACAUAAUUAUAUGGAUAGAAUAAAGGGAGCUAGUCAUAGAGAUCAAACAGCAUACGUUUUAGACUUUUUUGGAUACACAAAUAAUUACAAGGACCUCGACGUAAGGGAAAAAAUGACAUUGAUGUGGACCGACUUCGUAAAAUACGAAAAUCCAACGCCGUACGAAAGUUUUCUAAUCACAAUCAAAUGGUUACCAUAUACCAAGAAAGAACGGAAUUAUAUAGAGAUUAAUAAAAAAAUGGUAAUGAAGAAGGAUCUUUUCGAAAAUGCUUAUGAAUUUUGGAAUAAAAUUUAUGAAAAGUUCUACUGGAACCCAAUAGCACCGAAGUUUAUUAAAACUGAAAAAAAGAAGAGUAUUAAAACCAAUCAAAAAGGGGAGUUCAAAGGUGUAAGCGAAACAAACGCAAAUAGUGACAAGAUAAAUGAUAAUAAAAUGAAACAAAGCGAAGACACAAAACCUCUAAGUGAUCCAAAUCCUGAAAGUAAAAGUAAGCCUGAAAAAGUUGUGAAAUCUGAAAGUGCCCUUAAAAAUGAUAAGGAUACGAAGCCUCAAAACGCUCUUAACUCUGAAGAAAAACCUAAAAAUACUAAUAUUAAAGUGGAAAAAGAUUCUGAAAAGAAUAAAUCCGAAAGUCUUCCAAAAUCUAAAAGUAUUGUUGAACCUGAAAAGAAUGGUAAAAAUAAUAAGGACAGCCUUUCUGAAGGCCUGAGGAACAACAAGGUUGAUGAAAAAAGUGGUGCUAAACCUAAGAUUAAUACUAAAUCCAAGUUCGAAUCCAAUAGCAAUAUCAAAACUGACGUAAAAUUAGAAAGUAACGAUAAUGGUAAAGUAUAA